UGUCACGGAUCCUCCCACGUUAGCCCCGCUGGCAGAGCGCCCUCUGGCGGCCGUCCCCGCGCAGUGAAGCAGGGCAGGAGCUGGUACUCACCGUGGCCGCUCCGCUCCGCUCUGCUCCAGAGCCGGUUCUGCCAGCCGCCGUGUGAUUCUGCGCACACCGACACCGGCUGAGCCUGGCAUUGUGCGCACGGAGAGCAGCCCGGACCCGGCAUGGCUUCUGGGGACCUGUACGAGGUUGAAAGGAUUGUGGACAAAAGAAAGAACAAAAAAGGAAAGUGGGAAUACCUAAUACGAUGGAAAGGUUAUGGGAGUAGUGAAGACACUUGGGAGCCUGAAAACCACCUGCUGCACUGUGAGGAGUUUAUUGAUGAAUUUAAUGGACUGCAUCUAGGCAGAGACAGGCGAGCCAAAGCCGGAAAGCAGGCAGUGGCUUCGAAGCUUUUACGGGGGUCUACUGUGGACAAAAUAGCUCACAGGUCACCUGACUCCGGCAGAGGACGAGGAGCCGCACAAAAACGGAGGAGAAUACACUCGCUCCAAAAGCAGAAGAAGGUAUGCACAGCCAGAUAUGCCCCAGGGGAAAGAUCGACAAAGACUUUAACCUACAGAACUACUCCUAGCGGACUGCAGAUAAUGCCACUGAUCAAACCCCUCGAGAACGGGGACCCUAAUACUCACACAGAGGACACGCACUUUGAAAAUGGCUCAGAACAGAGCAAAAAUGACCUUGAGGAGGACAAAGGAAGACAAAGUCUACCAAGUGAGCUGGAGGUCUGUGACUCACCUAUAGUCAAUGGAUUAGGAGACUCAUUGACAAAUGGAGGAUUGACUCCACACAGCCCAGUCAAGCGGAAACUAGACCUGGACAAAGAUUAUGUGUUCGAUAAGAGACUAAGGUACAGCAUCCGGCAGAAUGAAAGCAACUGCCGUUUCCGUGAUAUUGUUGUAAGGAAAGAAGAUGGCUUCACUCACAUACUGCUCUCGAGUCAGACGUCGGACAACAACGCCUUGACGCCUGAUAUUAUGAAAGAAGUGCGAAGGGCUCUGUGUAAUGCUUCCUCCGAUGACAGCAAGCUCCUUCUGCUCAGUGCCGUUGGCAGUGUAUUCUGUAGCGGGCUAGACUACUCAUAUCUCAUCGGGAGGUUGUCUACAGACAGGAGGAAGGAAAGCACAAGGAUUGCAGAAGCUAUAAGGGACUUUGUAAAAGCUUUUAUUCAAUUCAAGAAACCCAUAGUGGUUGCCAUCAAUGGGCCAGCCCUUGGCCUAGGGGCGUCCAUCUUACCUUUGUGUGAUAUAGUAUGGGCCAGUGAAAAGGCUUGGUUCCAGACUCCAUAUGCCACUAUCCGUAUGACUCCAGCUGGGUGCUCUUCAUACACCUUUCCUCAGAUACUCGGCGUUGCACUGGCCAAUGAGAUGUUGUUUUGUGGGAGGAAGCUGACGGCACAGGAGGCGUGCAGCAGGGGGCUUGUAUCGCAGGUAUUUUGGCCCACCACGUUCAGCCAGGAAGUGAUGCUGCGCGUAAAGGAGAUGGCUGCCUGCAGUGCUGUGGUAUUAGAGGAAUCCAAGUGUCUUGUGAGAAGCUUCCUGAAAUCGGUGCUGGAGGAUGUGAACGAACGGGAAUGUCAAAUGUUGAAACAGCUAUGGAGCUCCCCCAAAGGCCUGGACUCCUUAUUCAGCUAUUUACAGGACAAAAUCUAUGAAGUCUGAUGUCUCGUCAGACCAGUAUGAAGGCUUUACUCUCCACUACUUCCGUCUUCACAUCUGCGGUAACCUUAAAAGACGUCUGGGACACGCUAGCCGUAUCCAGAAUUAUGCAAUGAGGUAUUCCAAGGAGUCUGUCCCACUGCUUCCAAUCUGGUUCUGUUGUGUUUUUUUGUUGUUAUGUAACAUAAACUGGUAUAUAGGCUCUAUGGCCCAUAUACCGAAUUCCGAAACUUCCAUCUCGCGCGCGCAGAGAGUAACAUUCCAAAUGCCACAGCGCACAUUUCAUCCAGAAUAUAUACCAUGUGACCCGUAUUCUGCCAUUUCACUUAACUAUGCGAUCGUUGUGAUCAUGCCGAAGUCUGCAAAUUUAGUUUAAGUAAUAAUGUGACAAUUGCACUUUUGUAUCUAUUUGUGUUUUAUUUAAAGUUAACUAUUGAUAAUUUAUGUAUAUAAUUGGUUCUGAUGGUUUGGUUUUUAUGUUUGUUUGCCUUUCUUAGUAAAACACCGCUUUCUGUUCUGUAAAAUCGCCAACUUAACUUAUUGUAGUUACGUUGUCAGCUGAUAAACAACAUAUUUUUGUAGAGGUGAUUUUUUUUUUCUUAUGUUGUACAACCA